AUGGACUACUCUUCUACCUCCGUUAGCAAGGGGGUUGACGACGAUGAUUUGGUUAUACCUGUCAUCAACUUUCAAAAUUUCCUGCAAGGGGACAGGAACACCAGGGUCGAGGCCGCGCGGGCGAUACUAGACGCCUUUCGGAACUCAGGCUUCAUCUAUCUGUCCAACCAUGGAGUUUCGGAUGAAAUGGUGAACGAUUGUUUCAGCCACGUCGCACAUUUCUUCGCAAGGCCGCAGGAUCAGAAGGACUCGUUGGCGUGGACCGACGCCAGGACGAAUCGCGGCUACGUAAAGGCAGGGCGCGAGAAGCUCAAUCUUUCCGGACAGGCCAGCGACGAACUUCGAAACCAGACCCCGGACCUCAAAGAGACCAUGGAGAUCGGCUGGGACGGCAACACCAGCAAACCAAACAAAUGGCCGGAAAGGCUGGAUGACGAAGGCGUCGAGUUCUCCAGGUUCAUGCGUGUGUUCUACGACCGAAUGCACGAUCUCAAUUUGCAAAUCAUGUCGGCCAUUGCCCUGGGGAUGGGGCUCGACGAGGCCUUUUUCACUCCCUUUGUCGACGCCAAAGAUAACAACCUCCGGAUCCUGCAUUAUCCGUCGGUCAGGGAGACUGGCCGGACCGACAAGAUCAGGAUAAGAGCCGGAGCCCAUUCCGACUACGGCUCCAUCACGUUGUUGCUCCAAGACUCGAUCGGAGGCCUGGAAGUGCAGUCACCUCGCGGGACCUGGGUGCGAGCGAAACCAAUUCCCGGCACCAUCGUGGUCAACGCCGGUGACCUUCUGAGUCGGUGGAGCAACGAUCUGAUCAAAAGCACCAAACACCGCGUCGUUCAGCCCCCACCAAAGCCGGAUGGUAGUAGUAGUAGUAGUAGCCAGGAGCCAGAGACCGGCUCAGAGACGAUCCUGCCCGAACGGUACUCGGUCGCCUACUUCUGCAUCCCAAACUUCGAUGCCCUGAUUGAUGCACUUCCCGGCACUUGGGAACUCGAUCCCGUGGGCAAGAAAUAUCCCAGCAUUUUGUCAGGGGAAUAUCAAUAUCAACGUCUCUCGGAGACUUUCUAG